UCAGUUACACCCAAGCCUCCUGAAACUUUUAGUGUUGAGCGCACAGAUAAAGAGGGUGAAUUACGUGUGUGUUGGAAAGCCAGACUAUCUUGGGAUCUAGCCGACCAAAAUUAUACAGUGCUCUAUCAUGCCAAAGGGGAGAUUAAAAAUAGGGUAUGUUUAGGUAAACAUUUUCUAACUAAUUUUUCACACAUCACCCAUUGUAAAUGAAAUGUUACUGACUAAGAGAACUGUCCUCAAAGCUUUAAUAAAAUUUAAUGAACAAAAAAAUUUACAUGUCAAGAUAAAAAACUGUAAUUUGUGAAGAAAAAGAGGGGGGAGGAGAGGAGUGGGAGAAGUUAUAGCUCAAGACAGGUGAAUGAAAAUUGGCAGAAAGAGUGGGAGAAUGGAAAUUGGCAGAAAGAGUGGGAGAAUGAAAAUUGGCAGAAAGAGUGGGAGAAUGAAAAUUGGCAGAAAGAGUGGGAGAAUGAAAAUUGGCAGAAAGAGUGGGAGAAUGAAAAUUGGCAGAAAGAGUGGGAGAAUGAAAAUUGGCAGAAAGAGUGGGAGAAUGGAAAUUGGCAGAAAGAGUGGGAGAAUGAAAAUUGGCAGAAAGAGUGGGAGAAUGAAAAUUGGCAGAAAGAGUGGGAGAAUGGAAAUUGGCAGAAAGAGUGGGAGAAUGGAAGGAAAACUUGUGGUCUCCUGGUCUGAGAAACUUAUGUCAGUAGCAUAAAAAAUGAUUUAAAAAUUGUUUUUUAUGUAUUGAUUUAUUUUUCAUGUUUCAAAAUGGCUAUUCACUGUUUUUAUUGUAUGCACAAGUCAAACUAUUUAUUCAUUCAGUUGACAUUUUAUUUCUUUAAUCAUCAGGGCCAAUUUUAUCAUGAUUACUAAAUUAUUUAAUGUCAUUAUUAUUAAAUUAAGAGAAUAUCAAAGUAAUUUUUUAAAUUAGUAUUAAUACACAUACUUUUUAAAUGUUUGUUUCAUUUCAGACAAGCAGUAGAUCCAAUAAAGAAUUUACACUGCUCACUGGACUGAAAGACUUUACAGAGUAUUAUGUUUAUGUUGUGGUCAGAUUAGAU